ACAGCAGCAAGAACACCAGCCAGGAAGACGCGUUCUCUGUCUGACGGAGGCGGUACACCUCAGAGGGUUCCGCCAGCCUUACACCUAGCCGAUGCUCGACGGACCUCCAAAGAUGAUAGCGCCGCUGUCACCACUCCUGUUACGCCUCAUCGAGCCGACUUCGCUACCAGCCUGCAUGGCUUCCCUCUGGAGAUGCCUGUCCCUACGCCACCGACCCAACAGCCCAGUGCCAUGAUCUCCAAGCCUGUCCCCGUGUCGCCGAAGCUCGACCAUUCCCAGACCUACUCGUCUCCUACAAACAUCCUGCCACGAAGAUCCAGAGGCCUCGACUUCUCCCGCGCCGCCACGAGCCUACACCAUACCACCCUCGCCGAGCCCACCUCCCCAGACGCCUCCCCGACUGUUGGCGGUAGAGGCAUGAACAUACCAGGCAGGAGAGCCGGUGAAUUCGGCGCCCCUGAGCAGACGUCUAAUUCAUUGUGGUCAGUUAUGGGCAACCAUGACCGGCACCACAUCUCGACGUCGCUCGGGAGCGCUGCCAACAUGAUGUCCGACUCGUCUUCAGACUCAGACGAGGACGACAUCAUGGACGAGGACAUGGAUGAGCCCUACCUCAUGACGCCUCAGGCUGUUAGAAACAACUCGGUGGGCUCGCAGUCGGGUUCUGGCCCUGCAGCAGGGGGUGGCUCACCGGCCAUGAAUAACAUCUUGUCCUUUCAACAACGGCAGCGGCCUCGCAAGCCGCUGAAGAAGAGACCCCGAGGCCCUUUUGGGAUGGGCUUCCCCUCGACACCUGCCACCUCCUCGCUUUCCAAAUCCCCUCCGGCCAACAUAUCUCCCUUCAGCAGCAUGGCAAAAGAGAUUGCUACCCCGCAUGCCCGCCGUGAAAGCAUCAGCUGGGCCGCCAACCAGCUGAACAUCUCAGGAAGCGAGAGUGAGGACAGCCCCAAGCCAGGGGUGAACGUCGAUGGUGUGCUUGGUCCUGGCGCAGACCCGCAGAAUAGGGUCGUGCGGCGGACCGUUACGAGGCGUAGCAACUUGCUUCCCAAGUCGAGGAACUUUGCGCGCGUAAGGCUCGCGCUUGCCGAGGAGGGAACGCCCAUCGAGUCCGAGUUCCGUCGUGAGGCAGAGGUUGUCCGGCAGGUACGCGAGAGCGACGUCGAUCUCGAACCGCCCCGGCCCGCCGGACCCCAAGCUGUCUCUGUGGCCACGACCACAGUCUCGAGCCCCAGCAUGCCCGCACAGGACUCGAUCGAGGAAUUGUCUGAGGAUGCCAUGAUGGUGGACAACGCGCUCGGCCUGUCGAGCAGUUUCAAGCAGCAGGCCCAAAAGAACUCCAAGGGCAGGGGUUUUUGGGACACCUUUUCCGAGACCAGCAGCGUCGGGGGAGCUACAACGACACCGCCCCCACCAGGGCCGCCGCGGGGGUCUUCAUCUGGGAUCAGCAUGGACGAUGUGAAUAUGGACUCCCCCUCGGGCGGCGGGACGCCUCAGCAGGUAGGCUCGUUCAUGCCACCAACUGACCACCCCCCUCCGUCGGCAGCCGAGAUCACACGCCGGUUCAAUAUGGGCAAGCGCAGGCGCGACGAUGAUCUCGACCCAGUCAGCUUUAAGAGACGGGCGGUCUCGCCGGGGCUGAGUGUGCACAGCUCGCCUAUCAUGCAGAGUCCCAUGCAGCAUGCGCCGUGGGGACCACGGCCGGGCAGCAACGGCAGUGUCGAGAGGGGCGGCGGCGGUGGCGGUGGCGGUGGCAGUGGCAACGGUACACCGAGUGACAACGGCACCGGCGGAAAUGCGAACAACGAGAAGAGAGCGAGCAUCCCCAAGGGGCGGGUGGGAUACCAGGGAAUGAUCGAUACGAACGACGGCAUUACGCGGCUGAGCAUCGAAUAG